AAAGGCAGGAAUCAGGGAACAAGAGAGCGGCUGAGUGGGGGAAUGAUGUCGUCCUCCUUCCCCGUUUCUGGUGCGAGGGGCAGCUGAGCGGGUCUAGGUUCCGAUCCUAUGACACGGGGCAACAGAGAAAACUCUGCCUACCUUUCUGUGGGGCAAGAAAACUCCCCUGAUAUAUCUUCUCUCUCUUCUCUUCUUCUCUUCUUCUCAUCUUCUUCCAAACACAAACAUCCAAGACAUCUACCCCCUCCGCGGAAGGUGCCUCGGGCACUCCUCAACAUAAGGGUCUUCGACCUCAAAUUCGUGCCCGCCCCCCGCGCACUCAAACUCAAACAUGCCGUCCCCUCGGGGCACUCAACCUCAAACGUGAUGGGGUUGGAUUGUCUUCCAACUUCAUCCUGGGGGGAAGGCUCUUCUCCGGCAUCAUUCUGGGGGGGCGGGCGCCCAUUACAAAGUCGGUUGGGUUUUUCGACACCCCUCCAAGAGGCAACGGUCAACUUGAACUCUCUUAUCGACCUUUCACCGGGUUCAUUCCCUCACUGAUGCCAGAGUUGCCCACCGUCAACUCUCAGCAUCAUGGCACAGAGUUGGGUCUUCGCGGGGGAUUUGUCUUGCCUCAAUGCCAUCAUGCAUGCAGACGUCUUGCCGGCUUCGGUUUCGACCUCCACGAAGCGGUCAUCUCAAGAUAUUUGCCCUGGGGCUACAUGGAGCACGAUAAGAUCAAUUAUAACCUGGCCUGUCGCCGCCGCUCCAUCACUUGGGUCACAGUGCACGAUGAGAUUUCGCCCUAAGCGAAACAAGGGUUUCGAGACCAAUGGUUUCACCAGAAGCGGUGGGAAGAAUAAUCACAAAGAUAUUCUUGAGAUGGAGAUAAAGCACGGUGAUAUGAUGGUGCCGACAACCAGAGUCAAGGAUGCAAAUGGCUGUGCAGCUCUGCUAAUCAUUGAAACGAGCUCAUGGAGAAGGAAAAGAGCUGUCAACGCCGCCGUCGACAAAGAGUCAUUUGAGGGAUGGUUGGGAAGGGUGGUCAUGAUUCUGAUUUGGUUUCAAUAUCUCGUCCAUGUCAGCUAUUAUCUCGACUAGGGAACUGGAGGAUCAAUAC